CGUUUGCUGAUAGGCUUAAACCUAAAUGAUAACCUCCACCCCUUAGGCUUCCGGGAUCUCUACUGGGUGCUGGUCAUAUCUGCCACGCCCCCUCGUUUUCUAUUGGGUGAGGCGGCACACUGGCUAAUGCUGGUUAAUUCCCCAGCAGUAGCAGGCUGAUCACACUGCGGGACAUGGAAGGAUCUCUGAUGAAAUGGACCAAUUACCUGUCAGGCUGGCAGCCACGUUAUUUUGUAUUGGACGGAGGCAUCUUAUCAUACUAUGACUCUCAGGAUGAUGUUGGGAAAGGAAGUAAAGGAAGCGUAAAAAUGGCUGUGUGUGAAAUCCGAGUGCACCAGGCUGACAGCUGCCGAAUGGACCUCUUCAUACCGAGAGAGCAGUGCUUCUACUUGCGUGCGGAGAAUGCAGCUGAACGGCAGAGAUGGCUGGUGGCCCUGGGCUCUUCCAAAGCCUGCCUUGGAGAUAUCACCACCCAUCAAGCAAAAGAAAUGAUUUCAGACAGCGAAUCCCUGGGAAGGAAACUGUCAGAGCUUCGGCUGUUCUGUGAUCUGCUUAUGGAACAAGUGAUGGAAGUAAAAGGAGCAGUGGAUGCAGAUGAUCCCAUAGAACCUCCCAACAAGGAGAAACUCGGUGCUGCAUGCUCUGUGUUACACGGGACCUGCUCUCACAUCUGUUCAACGCUAGACGAUUGUAUGAAGUAUGUCAACAACCUGCAUCCGCUGAUACAGAGCCCCCCUCUGCCUGUCCUGCCAGAAGAUGUUGUUGGCAGCAAACUUCCACAAAGCCGUAAGAUAAAACGUUCUAUCAGUCAACCAGCACCCCAGAGGACUGCUGCAUCACCAAGGCGGAGUAAUGGGGUGACAGUGGUAAAGAAUUUGGAGGAAAUGGCAAUGCGUGUACACUCUCGGGAACAGCAUUAUAUGACAUCUGGUAAUGGCAUUGUUGAUUGAACAACAUAUACGUAACCAGCCAAGCUGCCAAAUAGAAAGCUACCUGUUGUGAAUUCCGAAUUCCCUGAAGUAAUUCUAUUUUGGUCAGAGAACAUUUUUGUAUCCUAUUGAACAAUAUUUUAUAUAUUAAAAUGAAGGAUCGAGGGAAAUUUCUAUUUCUGAGUCAACAACUUUUCUUUGUUAUUUAUGUGUCCAGAAAUUGUGCAGUGAUACGCAACAUUUUGUAAUCUAAACUGUCAAUACAAAAUAAAAGAAUCCUUUUAUAUUUUUAGA